AUGCGUGGAGUCUACAUAGGAGCGUUGCUCUCAACUGUCAAUGCCUGGUCAUACCCGGAUUGCGACCCUGACAACUGUUACAGAAACCUCGCCGAUGCUCGCUUCACUGAUGUUAUUGCGCCCUUCUGUGUCGAGUAUCUUGCUGGAUCAAUAAGUGAGAUUCCGGCCGACUACGCAAACUGUGAACCUGUUCCUUUGAGCUCGGCUUGUAGCUGUAUCACCUACACAGCAACUCAUUUGUCAUCGACAACAUCCUCCGUAACUUCAGAGUCAACAAGUGCUCCAUACGUGACCACUGCUGAGACAACAUCAAGCUCUUCGCCCGAAUACACGAGCUCCAGCUCCAGCUAUGAAGCUACCAUCACGCCGAGCUCAUCUCAUGAGUACAUCAGCUCUAGCCAUGAUGCCACUGUUACCUCGAGCUCUUCAGCUUCAUACACCCCAUCUUCUUCUUUUGAGACCUCAGUCUCGAGCUCUGAGCACCCACCUUACCAACCAAGCAUCAGUUUCGAGUACCCGAUUCACACGACCAGGUCUGAGCAUCCAGUCUACACGACCCCAGUCUCAACAUCAAACGCUAGCGCUGUGUAUCCAACUUAUUCCCCCAGCUCCCCUCCAGUCUACAUCACCACAACAGAGACUUACAAAACCUACACUACCUACUGCCCCGAGGCUACUACCGUGACCUACGGAACGCAGACUUACACCGUCUCAAAGCCAACAACUUUGACUGUGACUGACUGCACCAUUACCGCUACAUAUCCGGGGACCACGACUACCGUCAUUGUGGGCACCACGACUACAUACUGCCCAGCCCCAACAACCCUUACAAUCGGCCUGUCUACGUACCCCAUCACUACACCAGGCACCGUGACCUAUCCAAUCUACAGCACAACUAUCAUUCCCAUCAUCCCUGUCACGUCUCACUCGGCGACUCCGACCCCAAGUUACCCAGUGGCUCCCGUCACUACCGACAAACCAGCCACUCCAGGAACAGUCAUCGUUCCCUCCAAGACCUCCACCUCACCUGGUAUCGAAGUCACUGCCGCCGCUGGACGCCUCACCAGCGGUCUCGAGAUGGUGGCCGCAGGUCUCGGCGCAGCUGCCCUUGCUCUCUUAUAG